GAAAACUUUGUCCAAGUCUCAAUUGAAACUGGAAGAGGAAUUAUUUGGCUCGUCUUCGAAGCGCAAAAAUCAGAAUAAGCUCGCCAGUAACGACCCCAAGGAUGCUAGGAAAAAAGCCAAUGAAGAGAAUAACGAGUACGACCGAGAGCCAAAAUUAUUGUUAGUUCACGUAUAGUUGUACAUGAAUAAUCAUAUCGUAGAAUAGGGAUUAUUAUGGGGGAAGAGGGGAGGAAAUGGAGCGAACGAUUGAACUAGUUGAACAAAAUAACACGAAAACUUUCUAAUGUGCCAAGGAAUGACAAGGAUUAUGCUGAGGCUGACGAGGCCGACGAGGCUGAGGGUGAAGACAAAGAGGAGAGUAAGAACAAAACCAGCGCAGAAGGGGAAAAAGAGGAAAAAGAAACGAGCAAAAAUUCCUUGGCCCAGACUUCUUUUCAGCAUCUGAUGUCAAAGAUGCGAUGGUCGACCUUCCUCGCGAUCCUCGGCGUCAUCGUACUGGUGAGCUGCUGCUGCGCCUUGUUCUUGAGAAAUCGCCUGAUGCGCUGCCUCCGAAAGUGCUGCUCCUGCUGCUUCCGCGACAAAAACAAGGACAAGACUCGAUCCAAGCAAGAUCUGUUCGACGUCGAGGAGGGAGGCUACAAUCCCUAUCGGAGAAAGAGAUUUUCCUCUCUCGACAUGAUGAAGUUCGGCAGGGGCAAGAAGAAAAAGAAAAAAGCCAAAUUGGUUGACCAGGGUACGCAGGACAGUCGCUCGGAGUUACUCAGGUCGCAGGAAGGAACACCGGAACAGCAGGUCGGCUGCCAGCCCUGUCGCAGGAAGAAAGCCAAGAAAAAGAAGACGAAGAAGAAGCAGAUCAGAUGA